AUGAAUCCAGUUCUUAAAGAUCCUUCAGCUGAUACUGUUUUGAAGUGCAUCAGCCAGAUUCUUAUGGAAGAAGAGUCCAAUGAACAAACCUUUAGUGCACGGGACUUUUCUCUUCGGGCUGCUGAAAAACCCUUUUCUGAUAUCCUUGAUCAGAAAAGUUCCUCGUCAGACAGUGAAGUAUCCGAUCCAAAUCAAAUUAUAAAGACUGUUAGUACUCACUGUUGCAAUAUUUAUGGUUGUAACAGCUCCGAGACAGCUGACAACAUGGUUGUGUCCAGCUUCAUACACAAUAGAGAAGCUCCGUCUGUUAACUACACUGUCCCGUUGAGCUUGCAGGUCAAUUCACCUCCAUUUUUUCCUGAAAGCGUUUUUCAAACUUUCCCUGAGCAGGUGGAUUCUUCUGUAAAUGUAGCCCUUGGUGCGAGCCAAUUGGAUGUGUUGUUUAAGGGAGGGACAGAAGAGACUUGGGAAUUUCAUCGUCAGGCAAAUGAAAUGAUUCUUGAUUUUGAAAACAACAAAGUGACUCCAGUCAUGGCGACUAAAGAGAAAAGUUAUUGGGAUCACCCGGCAUGCGAGCUGAAGAAAAGAAAGAAUCAUUACAAAGUGGAGAAGAAGUCCGAAACGAGGAGAAAUAAGCACUCUUCAGUUUAUGCUGAAGCAGCUGAGCAAUAUGGAAUGUUUGCUGAGGUGUUUCCGUCUAGUGGUGGAGAUGACAAGCCAGUUUGGUUGAACCUUAAUGAAACAUUUCAAAAUAGUCCAGGUAUGAUACCUUAUCUAAAAGAACAAUCAAGAGGAUCUAAUUAUGGAAUGCUCUUCAGGAAGAACCUCGUUAGCUGCAGGGAAUUGGUUGAUACGAGGACUCUUCUGAUACACUGUGCAGAAGCUGUAGCAAGCAACGAUCACGGGAGUGCAAUUGAACUAUUAACACAGAUUAGGCAGCAUUCUACUCCUUUUGGCGAUGGAUCCCAGAGGAUGGCCCAUUGUUUUUCUAAUGCCCUAGAGGCUCGCAUGGCUGGCAAUGGAAGUGAGGUAUAUGCAAUUCUUGCUGCUAACAGGGUGACAUCCGAAUGCAUAUUAAAAGCUUGCAGACGAUUUAUUUCAGCUAGCCCUUUCAUGGUCAUGUCGAAUCUCUUCUCAACGCAAACUAUCAUGGACCUUUCUGAAGAUGCAGCAAGGCUGCACAUCAUAAAUUUCGGUAUUCUCUAUGAUUUCCCAUGGUCUUCCUUAAUUCAGCAUCUCUCAGUGAGACCUGGUGGUCCUCCGGUGCUUCGCAUCACCGGAAUAGAGUUUCCCCAGACUGGUUACAGGUCAGCAGAAACAAUUGAAGAAAUAGGACUUUACUUGGCAAGUUAUUGUGAUAAAUUUAAUGUCCCUUUCGAGUAUAAUGCGAUAUCAAAAAAAUGGGAAAAUGUCCAACUCGAGGACCUCAAGAUCGACAGAGAUGAAGUAACUGUUGUUAGCAGUUUAUACAGGUUUCGGCACCUCCUUGAUGAGACAGUAGUCUUGAACGGUCAUAGGAAUGCUGUUCUUAACUUAAUUAAGAGGAUUAAUCCAGCUGUCUUCAUUCAUGGGAUCGUUAACGGGGCUUACAAUUCUCCUUUCUUCGUUUCGCGUUUCCGGGAAGCCCUCUUCUACUACUCAUCAUUGUUUGAUAUGCUCGAAGCCAUUACAGCCCGUGAAGAUCCAGAGAGGUUGGUGUUUGAACAAGAGGUAUUUGGAAAGGAAAUCCUGAAUGUCAUAGCAUGUGAAGGAUGUGACAGAAUCGAAAGGCCAGAGAAAUAUAAGCAGUGGCAGGCUCGGAAUGUAAGGGCUGGGCUCAGGCAGCUCCCACUGAAAGAAGAGAUCAUGGAAAAAGUGAGAGAACAAGAGAAGUCAAGUUAUCACAAGGAUUUUCUGAUGGAUCAAGAUGGCCAGUGGAUGCUUCAGGGAUGGAAAGGCAGAGUCCUAUUUGCCAUUUCCUGCUGGAAAUCUGCCUAA